AUGGACGAGAGCGCUGUGCAGACCUGGCUGUCCAAGGAGGUGCUGCCCCAUCUGAACCCCCAGCGCGGCCAGAACGCAAGGCGGGCGAUGCUUGUGUUGGACUCCUACCGCGGUCACAUCACCCAAACCAUGCUUCAGUCGUACCGCACGCACAGCAUCACCCCUGCAGUCAUCCCAGCGGGUUGUACGAGCCUGAUUCAACCCCUGGACGUCUCCAUCAACCGGUGCUUCAAGGCUGCUGUGCGAGCGCGCUACGCUAGGUGUUUCAUGCAUGAAGGGGUUCACUUGAAGACGAAGAAGGGGAACCUACGGAGGCCUCCGCACCCCGUGGUGCUGCAGUGGAUCGCGGAGGCUUGGGAUCAAGUCCCCAAGCAGAUCAUCAUCGACGCGUUCCGCCACUGUGGGAUCUCAAGCAAGCUGGACGGAACGGAGAACCACCUGCUGAUGUCUCACCUGCGUGCCAGGAGCACCACCGAUGUCUCCGCGGACAUGUCCCUCGGGGGGACCACAGGCGACAACACGCGCCUGCUCGGUCGGGCUCCAGAGGAGGAGGAGGAGGAGGAGGAGGAGGAGGAGGAGGCGAUGCAGGCGGAGGGCGUGCGGGAGGUGGCCGUGGCAACCGGCCUGGGGGUGCUGUACCAGGAGACCCCCAACUACCGCGGAGCGGCGGCCGAGACUGACUGCAUGAUCGAGCCUAGGGAGACGGCUAGGCAUGCCUGGCGAGUGCCAGACCUGGGUGUAGAGCCUGUUGUUAGUGCAGGUGAGGAGGCGGUUACUGAGGGUGGUUAG